UAGAACGCGCUUAAAAAACUGAAAUCCAUCUCUCUCUUAAGCGGGACUCUCAAAAACCCUAAUAAAGCUCUUUCUCCUGUUUUUGAUUGAUCAGUUACUUUUUCUCCCUACACCUUCUGCUGCACAACAAUGGCGACUCCUUCUUUGGACGAAGGGACAGCGAAGGAAGUCCUUAGACAGGUGGAGUUUUACUUCAGUGAUAGCAACCUCCCUAGGGACAAUUUUAUGACAAACACUAUCAACGCCAGUGAAGAUGGCAUGGUUAGUCUUGCUUUGAUAUGCUCCUUUAAGAAGAUGAAAGGUUAUUUGAAACUGAAGGACGUGAAGCCCGAAGAGGUGCCGGAAGAUACUGUUAAGGCAGUUGCUGAAACUCUUAGGAAAUCUAAUUCUGUUAAAGUUUCUGAAGAUGGGAGGAAAGUUGGUAGGAUUGCUGCACUUUUAAAGCCAGAAGAGGCAAUAGAGCAGUUAGACGUAAGAACAAUUGCUGCAUCACCUUUACAGUAUGAUGUGAAGCGGGAAGAUGUGGAAUCUUUUUUUGGAAAUUAUGCCAAGGUGUCUAGUGUGAGGAUGCCUCGUCAUGUGGCUGACAAAAGGGUAUUUUGUGGCACGGCUUUGAUCGAGUUCUCAACAGAGAAAGAUACUGAAAAUGUUUUGAAGCAAAGUUUGUUUUUCGAAGGUGUACAGCUAGAAUUGAAGCCAAAGAAGGACUUUGAUGCAGAAAGAGCAAAAGAGGAAGAGGAAUUAAAAAAUUCCCGCCCGUUUACAAGUUCAAAUAAUAAGAACAAUUCAAAUGCAGAAGCAACCUAUCCCAAGGAUUUAAUUGUCGCAUUUACUUUAAAGGCCUUGUCAGCUGGAGAUUCUGUAGAACGUGAUGGUGCUCAAGCGCCUGCAAGUGUUGAUUCAAAGGUCUGUAAAGCAGAUGGAGGAAUAAAUUCCUCAGAGAAUGAUGCUGAAGAAAAUGAAACUGAGGAGUCAGAGAAUGCCUCUGCUGAUAAAGAAAAUAAUGAGAUGAAUAUUGAGGAGGGAAAGGAAGAAAAGGGUAAUGAGGAAACUGGCUCUGAAAGUAAAGAAAUAAAAAUGGAAGAAGGGGAGAAGUCAGCUGAAGAUCCCACUGGAAAGGACAAGGAAAAAGAGGAAAAAUCCAAGGCUGCUGAGGCCUACAGGGAUGACAUGAAUGUUGUAUUGCGUGAGGAUCUGAAGGCUGUCUUGGGAAAAUUUGGCACUGUCAAGUUUGUUGAUUUCAAGAUUGGAGAGGAUUCAGGAUAUGUUAGAUUUGAACAACCUGAAGCAGCUCAGAAAGCUCGUGCAGCUGCAGUGUUAGCUAAAGAAGGUGGUCUAAUGGUAAAGAAUUUCAUUGCUAUUUUAGAACCAGUGACUGGUGACGCAGAGAGGGAAUACUGGAAUCUACUACGGGGCAAUCAAGAAAAGCACUGGGAAAAUAAGGGCAACCGAGGAAGGAGAGGAAGACACUAUAGGGGUGGUGGCAAACACUCUCAAUCUAGAGAUAAUUAUUCAACUGGUCGACCAACUAAAGCUCAGAAAGUUGGAGCAUCAUGAGAGAAAUUUUGAUGUAAGUGGCGAGUUUUGAGGGCAAUUUUGUACGAUACCAUUAGAGUUUGUCUCCGACAGAUACGAUAAUGUGUUUUUUAUUUUAUUUUUGAUAUGCAACUGAUAUUAUCAUAAUUUAAUUGCCUUGUUUGACA